GAAUGAAUGAAACAACCGUGGAUAUGUAACCUGUAACACCCGUGAAGCGCCUCCGUGCAGCUGCUACGAGAUUCCCCACACUGAUCCUAAAAUGGGACGGUUUGGCCUCUCCCUCCUCCGCUACAUCCCCUCCUUUCCCUCCACCAGAACAAGCUGCCUCCACCAACGGGUCUUCACAGGCUCCCACCCCUGUUACCAGACCACCAUCCCAGGUCACAGCUGCCUGCACAGUAGAGGGGUGAGCACAGCCCUCAGCGAGCACAUACAGGACCUUAGUGGCCUUGAGCAGAGACUGUUGACAAAACUGUACGAAGGGCUGAUCGGAGGACAACGGGCUUCUCUGGCUGAGUCCAUCACUCUGGUGGAGACACAGCAUCCCAGGAAGAAAGAGCUUGCCCAGGUUCUGCUGCAGAGGGUGCUGGCCUACAGGACGGAGCAGGAGAGGCGAAAUGGUGGGAAGCCUGUGGCCUUCAGAGUAGGUUUGUCUGGUCCCCCUGGAGCAGGGAAGUCGUCCUUCAUCGAGGUAGUGGGGAAGAUGUUGACGGGACGUGGACAUAAAGUGUCAGUGCUGGCUGUUGACCCGUCCUCGUGCACCACAGGAGGGUCUCUGAUGGGUGAUAAGACUCGUAUGACUGAACUCUCCAGGGACAUGAAUGCUUUUAUCAGACCGUCGCCAACCUCUGGAACACUUGGUGGAGUCACCAGAACAACCAAUGAGGCCAUUGUUCUCUGUGAGGGCGCAGGUUAUGACAUUGUCCUUGUAGAGACCGUAGGUGUGGGCCAGUCAGAGUUUGCAGUGGCUGACAUGGUUGACAUGUUUGUGCUGCUGAUUCCACCAGCAGGGGGCGAUGAACUCCAGGGUAUCAAGAGGGGCAUCAUUGAGAGAGCCGACUUGGUGGUGGUGACAAAGUCGGAUGGAGACCUGGUGGUGCCGGCCAGGAGGAUCCAGACUGAAUACACCAGCGCACUCAAGCUGCUCAGGAGACAGUCCAAGUCCUGGAACCCCAAGUCACUCCCUCCUCAGGUGGUGCGCGCCUCCUCUCACACCGGUGAGGGCAUCCCAGAGGUCUGGGCCAAGAUGGAGUCCUACCGGGAUGCCAUGUUAGCCAGUGGUGAACUGCAGGCCCGACGGAGGGCCCAGCAGAAGGUUUGGAUGUGGAGUCUGAUUCAGGAGAACGUCCUCUACCAUUUCCAAAAUAAUCCCAGUGUCAGACAGGCUCUACCCCACCUUGAGGAGAGGGUCACCAAAGGGGCCAUCUCUCCAGGCCUGGCGGCUGACCUGCUUCUGAAGGGCUUCUCAUCAUCGUCUGCAUAGUAAACAGUGGGACUGGACGGAUGUGACAUGGUUCAUCAGGGCCACUCGGUGCCAAAACCCACCAGGACAGAGUGAGAAUAUGUGACCUUGACUUUGUGGUUUGCACAAAAAGAAGCAGCCUUGCUCUUUUUAUACUUAAUUUUAAAUUUUAAAUUUUAAAAUGUCCAAGACAGAAGUCACCUCUUCCACAGAAACUCAGUUUCAGCUUGCUUUUAAUCCAAAUCAGAAGAGGCCUGACUGAGCAGACAGUUUUUAUGUCUCACCUUUGGCUUCAAGACACUUUUGGACAGUGGAGGGAAACAUGAAAAACUGCAUUUGUGAGAGACCAUGUUUAAGAGUUCUGGCAGCUAUAAAGUGUUUUGUUUUCCCCUUUCUGAUGUAAAGAAGAUACUGGGAUACUGGGACUGUCUUCUUGGACUAGAACACUACAGCCCUGAGAACAAUUUUACACUUGGAAAACUGUGCACAAUACUGAUCACUGUUACGAACAGUGUCUUUAGAAGUACAAGCUGUGGCUUGUUCAGGCCAUAAAUACUGACAUGGCAGAUACUGUAGUGAAAGUAUGAUCUGUGAUAAUCAGUUGUCACCGACACUCUUGCCCACAGAUUGAUCAGUGGUAUUUCUUAAUGGAAAAGGAAAAGUGUUAAGAAGAGGAGAAGGUUUAGAACAGAGCGAUUUGUACAGUCACUUGUUUCUCUUGUUGAACUGCCGAGGACAUUGCUCUUAUAACAAACACAACUGCACAUUCAAGAUGUUGUUUAUUCAAUGUUAUAUUUUCUGAGUGGAAUCAUAUAUUAAAAGAAUGAUGUGAAUCUUAAAUAGAUAAGUGAAUAACAUUAAAUCUGU